UCAACAUGAAAUGAUCACGCAGACAAACCGUGUUUGAGCUUUAAAGGAUCAAAUUCCAUUGGUGAAUAAUUACAAGAUAAUUAUAGACAGUGCUCCGCAAAUAUAAAGUGAAUGACAAGAAACGGGAACUCGCACUAUACGCCUGAGACGGAGCAGGAGGCUGGUAUGACAAAAUGGCUGUUCUUCAGUGUAACUAUAUGUGUACUGGGCAACUCUUUUCUGUACGGGUAUAACAUCGGAGUAAUCAACUCUCCGGCUAGUCUUAUUAAAACAUUCUACAGUCAAGUUUACCUUGCUAGAACUGGCAAUGAAACUGUAUACAAUCCGUCCGACAAGAGUCUGUACUACGCGAAGGACGACAACUCUUCCACUGUUACCACCACCUUAGCCCCCGUGGUUGUGGUCACUCUAGGUCCAAAAGGGACAACAAUUCCGAGCAAUGACACCCCUCCUGUCGUCGUCGUCCGUCCGCAAGGUCUUGCCAGAUCACCUGAUGAUAUCGAUAAAGACAACUACAUUGAAAUCAUGUGGUCUCUUACUGUGGCCCUGUUCGUUUUCUUUGGUAUGGUCGGUGCUUUUACGUCCGGCAGAGUUGCUGACCAUUUUGGCAGAAAAAAGGGCAUGAUCAUAAUGACGAUAUUUAUGUUCAUCGCGGCAAUCUUUGGCGGUAUUACCACCAUGGUGAAAUCGCCGGAAUGUUUGAUGGUGUCGAGAGUGUUUGUCGGCCUUCACAACGGUGUCACUGUAAGUCUGGCGUCUCUGUACCUUGCCGAGAUCUCCCCUAAGAAAAUCCGAGGAGCCAUCGGCACGUGUCAUCAGCUCUUCAUCACGAUUGGCAUCUUGUGGUCUCAGAUAAUAGGCCUUCCAGAUCUCCUAGCUAAAUGGGAAAGUUGGCCGUGGCUCUUUGCCUUCAAUGCUGUUCCGGCCCUGGUUUGUCUGGUGGCCUUUCCUCUAUGCCCUGAGAGUCCAAGAUUCCUGCUGAUCAAGAAAGCAGAUGAGGAUGGAGCUAAAAAGGCUCUGGUGAAACUUCGUGGAACAUUUAACGUAGAGAACGAGAUGGAAGAGAUGAGAAUCGAGGCUAGGAAAGCCAACACACUAGAACAGUUCACUCUGAAAAAACUGUUGACGACUCCGGACCUGAAAAUGCCUAUCAUCAUCGCUUGUACCUUGCAGGUGGCCCAGCAGUGGUCGGGAAUCAACGCUGCCAUGUCCUACUCGACGUUCAUCUUCAAGCAGGCUACGAUUGCAGAGAACAUCAUUCCCUACGUGAUCGUGGGCCAGGGUGCCAUCAACGUCAUUGCAACUAUCAUCUGCGUGCCGCUGAUGGAGAAGCUGGGUAGAAGACCGCUUCUGAUCUGGCCUAUGUGUGGUAUGGUCGUCUCCUUUAUCGUCCUGACCGUCUGCCUGUCUCUGCUUCAGUCCGGAAACUAUCAGUCCUCUCAGACCACUCUUGGAAUCGUUUGUAUUUUCGUCAUGAUGUCCUACAUCAUCGGAUUUGCAGUUGGAUUAGGCCCCAUACCGUUCAUCGUCUGCGGUGAAAUCUUCCGUCAAGAGCCCCGCGCCGCCGCCAUGAGUCUCGCCCUCGCCUUCAACUGGAUCUGUAACUUCAUCCUCAUGUUGACCUUCCGUUUCAUUCAAAAAGCGAUCGAGUCCUACACGUAUCUCAUCUUCAUCGUUAUCCUCGUGGCUGCCAUCAUCUUCAUCGUCAUCUUCGUGCCAGAAACCAAGAACAGAACGUUCGACGAGAUCGCGGCCUCAAUCGCCUUCGGGCGAGCCAGGCGGGGAGCCAGACACGGACAAGAUGGCGAGGAGUUGCAGCCAAUGGGAGGCGGGCAACGGGUUUAACGUUAGCUAUAAACUAGGGUGUAAACUUUUAGACGGUCGAUCAAAUAUUUCCUUCUAAUAAGAUUUAUUUUUAAUAUGGGUGAUUGUAUUAUGUAAUUAAUCGGUUGGAUUACGUAACACCAUUCUAAUAGAUUUAUUAUAACUUUAUUUCCCAUUGUGUUACUUGACUUAAACAAAGUACAGCUCUAUAAAAGUAAUAGCAUGAUAUUGUCAUAAUUAUGUGCAGAAUAUAACCAAGUUCACCAGCGUAUGUUAGGCCAUUAAAUACAUGCCAAGUUGGGUCCUUAUAGUAUGCAGGUACGCUAUGGAACUUUGUCUGAACCGAGCGGUAUUUGAAUCUGAGCGAGUAGGCAAUAGAAGUGUAUUAUGAAGGGCUCAUGGGUAGAUGUCAUAAUGACUCUCUUGCUUCUCCAGCUAUCGCUCCUCGAACGAAUGAAAAGUGUACAGAGGUGAAUAGCGUUUCAAAUCGGAAAGCUAACAGAUCGUCCUGAAUGCAAUACUAUUUGAAAAUCAAAUGAUAUCAAACGGUAUGAUUUAGUGUUGCAGGGUUGCUUAGGUUAGUGGGCAAGUGGUUCGUGAGAGGGGGGAUAAUUAAGUGUUGCUUUUCUCGGAAUGUUAAAAUGUUGUCGGAUAUUGUUAUAAUUAUUAAGGGUUAUGUGAAACUAUAGAUGUAGUAACUUAAAUGUCGUUAUUCAUUUGUGUUAAUUAUUAUUCCAUCAAAUUCUAAAUAAUAUUUCAUCUCUACAAUCAAACUCUAUGGUUAAAAUAACAGAAAACACAGAAAAUAACACAGAAAAUAACAAAUAAAAGGCAAAUGAUGCCAGCAAGAUUUUUUCUCCCGAUAAUAAUGCUGGGGUUUAAUUAGUCUUAUGUCAUAUAUUAAUCAAGAUCUGUUAAUAAGCAAAACGUGAAUGUAUGUUAAUCAUGCACACAGUCUGGGUUGAAUCUCGUAUAUUUUUUUCAAAAAAAACGGAAUCGAAUCUCUUGAUUUUGAAAUUAACAUAUUUCCUUGUAGAUUACGAGAUAUGAAUCUUAAAAUGGGAUUCAUCAUUUCAUUUGUAAGUGUGUCAGUUAGUGAUUUAUGUUUUUUGUACUGUGCGGCUUUCUGUGAAAUUAAAUAUUUUUAUGCCCCCAGAUCGAAAGAUCGGGGGCAUAUUGAUUUUGGCCUGUCUGUCUGUCUGUCUGUCUGUCAUUCAUUGUGUGUGUCCCAAAACUUUAACCUUGGUUAAAGUUUUGCAAUAGUUUUUGCAUUAUUGAAGAUAGCAACUUGAUAUUUGGCAUGCAUGUGUAUCUCAUGGAGCUGCACAUUUUGAGUGGUGAAAGGUCAAGGUCAUCCUUUAAGGUCAAAGGUCAUAUAUAUGGCUUCAAAGCGGCGCAAUAGGGGGCAUUGUGUUUCUGACAAACACAUCUCUUGUUUCUGUCUAAAUUGUGGGUUUUAAGCUUUGUGUACCUUAUAACCGGUGUUCUCAAGAAUGUGCGAAUCUCAAAAUGGGAUUUUGAAUCAUAUAACAAGUAGAAUAGCAUUACACACUCAUUUUCAUUAGUUUAUUUAUUGCGUUAGCACAUUGAGCGAAUGCAUUUUAUUUGUUUGACCAAGGUGCUAUACACUGACCUCAUUUAUGAGUAACAUUAAGCGCAUGACUAUUAUUGAGAUUGCUAGACAAGUUUACGAAAGUGUCAAACGUUAUAAUUUUUUACCGGAUUAGUUACAUGAAUUGUAAGUAAGAAAUAUUUUGUGAUUACAGCACAGUCAUUUAAAACCUUGUUUCAAGAUGUAACGUUUUUUUAAUGUUCAACCAGUGUAACAAUCUUCCAAGAUUACCGAUUGUUUGAUAACCACAUAUUAACCAAUUUAUGCCAAGUGGACUCUCCCAUCGUUCUUUAUUGGACCAAUUUAUUUCCAAAAUUAGAGAUGUCUAGUAUAUUUAUUUCUAUAUUUAGAAUAUUUCUUACAGAAAUUCCUUUAAGCAAACAGCGCAGACCCUUAUGAGACGCCGCAUCAUGCGGCGUCUCAUCUGGGUCUUCGCUGUUUGCCAAGGCCUUUUUUCUAGACACUAGGCAUAAAUGGGUUAAAGAGAAGUCUUUGCAAAUAACAUGAUCGUUAUUUGUUUUGCACAAUAACAUGAAACAAAUAUAUUGUAACGUCUUUAUAAGUUUAGUUAUGCUUAUUCUGGUUUUACUUGUACUUCUGUUUGUCAAUUGUUUCCUCAAAGAGCACGAUGUUUUAGGUCUGAAAUUUUACAUUUUACACAAUUAUUUUACAAUACAUAGUUUUAAUAUAUCGUUGUUACUUUCUUAUUAAAUAAUUAUGUUUUCUUACUGUUUUACUGUUUUAUUGUAACUUUUUAGUCAAUGUCCAGGCAGCUAUAAUAUGUUGCUCAGACUUUUACAAAUAAGUUAAUUUGUUUUAUUAUUAAUUCAUAUUUCAUGUGCGUAUUUGUGUAAUAACUUGGUUAAAUGUUAGAAAAAUAAACAUAAGAAUAAAAGUGUAUAUGUAAAUUUUAUUUCGUAUAAACCUGCAUUUGAACACAUAGAUAUGUUUCCAGUAUUUUGAAAAAUAACACAAGAUUAAGUAUUAUAAUGUAGAAGAUGUUAUUAUGAUUUUAUGAAUUAAUUGUGUUUACCCUUUUUCCAUUUGUCUAGUUUAAACAUAUUAAUUUCAAACCAAACACAUAUUUUUACAUAGAAUAACAUGUAACAUUUAUACAAUGAACAUGUUUGAAUAGGAUUAGAACGCCAGACAAUGUCUUAUAUACAUUGUAGUUAUUCUUUUCCAUUAUAUUUUGUUAUCCCUAAAAAUGUUCAAAAUAUGUUUAAAUGUAUAUGUGUAUCGUAUUGUGUAAUUCACCUUUAGGAACAUAUCGAAUCGCAGCUCAAGUUCAUAAAUGGACACUUAACAGUAAAACAAGAAUGGCAAGUCUUUUUACUUUUUGUUAAAGCCAAGUAAUGAAAUGUUUCUUAUUCUUAUCAUAGACCGUACGACAAAUAUAAGUUACGGCAUAAUUUUUGGCUGAGGACAAAACUAAAGUUAUAAAUGAACAAUUGGGAUACAGAUGUUUCAAAUUAUUUGACAUUUCUAAAUUAAACUUAUUUUUUAGGUCAACGCUUAGUGUACUGUAUAAUUGUACGGUUACUUUAAGGUUCCGAACGUUGUUAAACACGAUUACUCUACCUAUGUAUGUAUGGGCGCUAGAAUACAUGAUGUGUAAUAUAGCAUUCGUGUGUGUUAAUCAAUCAUCUGCAAAUGUGGAAGUCUUUUCACGUGUGUAACCUUGUAGUAUUGUUUUCAAAAAAUAAAAUACAAGAAAAAUAUAUAA